AUGCUUGGUCGGGUGACGUGGGAUUUUCGACGAUCCAACGAUGCAGAUUGGGGGACGGGCUUCAUUAACAUGCCAUUGAUGCAAAAUAUCAUACGGCUCACCAUUGAACAAAGCCAGUGGGACCCUUUGGAUGUUGGUGUACCUUACCCCACCGGAUUCCAUCCUCGGUCCGCCUCAGAAGUUCAUCAAUGGCAAAACUUUGUCCGUACUCGCAAGCGAAAGACCCUCUUCGCCUUUGCAGGUGGGAAACGACCGGGUAUGAAGAAUGACUUCAGAUCAUUGUUACUGAGUUACUGUUAUAAAGAGUCUGACUCGUGUCGAGUCGUAGACUGUGGCCGGACACGGUGCCAAGAUGGGACGUCGGCGAUUCUUGAAGCCUUCAUUGACUCGGACUUCUGUUUGCAGCCUAGAGGUGAUUCCUACACGAGGCGCUCUCAGUUUGAUUGCAUGUUGGCAGGCUCGAUCCCAGUGUUUUUCUGGCAAAACGGAAUCUAUGAUCAGUAUCAAUGGUUCUUGCCAGGUGACCCACAAAGUUUCUCGGUGUUUAUAGAUCACAGGGAUGUGAGAAAUGGUACUACUUCUAUAAGACGAGUGCUGGAGAUUUUCAGCAGGGAAGAGGUGAGAAGGAUGAGAGAGAAAGUGAUUGAUUCUAUACCCAAGUUUGUGUACGCAGACCCUAGUCAGGGUUUGGAUGUUAGUAGAGAUGCUGUUGAUAUUGCCAUUGAUGGGGUGUUAAGGAGGUUCAAGGAACAAAGAGGGGGACGCAAGUCAAAUACGACAAAGGAAGCAAGUGAAACAGCGAAACAUUCAAAUGUGUUGAUGAGGAGAUUGCAAGAUAGCUAUGACCAAAAGUCAGGUGAAGAUGGCGAUAACAACUCUAGCUACAACUCCAAGGGAGAUAUACGUGCUGUUUUGGUUGUGAUGCGUACUGUAAUUUCUUAG